UUUUACCAUUCCUUCUAUUAGCUCCUUCUCCAGAUCCUUUCUCUGGGUCACUCACACUUCGCUCCGCCGCACCGUCUCUCUCUGCCUCAACCUUCCAGGACUCUACCGUCGUCGAAUUGCACAAACCCUGCAUACUGCUCUGCUCUUCUCCUACAAUAUCGUCUCACCAGAUCUUUUUCACUUGGAAGCUUCUCUAUGUGAUGACACAAGUCACUGGACAUGGAGAGGAUUCCAGAAUCAAAAGCACUUCCAUUAUUACUGCCCAUAGAGAUGCUUCCAGAAUCAAAGCUACGUCCGGGAAAAUUUUGUGUUUUGGAUGAUAUACCAAAAACACACAUGGCCUCAGCCAAGCAAGCUGGCCAUUGGUCGAACAUGCACUCAGCUAAGGUAAGAGAAGUAGGAAGAUCUAUUGGACAAGGAUAUCAAGAUCUAGAAUUUACUGUACCUAUACGGACAAUGAAGGGGAAAUCCUCUUUUUUGGGGCAGGAAGAACCUAAGCGUGAUGCCACAUUAAAGGGUAGUAGAAAUUUAAUUGAGGAAGGUGGUCCAAGUUCCUUCUCUGGGGCUAGCCACCCACCAGAGCCUGUGGAUAUGGAUCUUAUGAGAACAGUUUAUGUACCCAUAGGGCAGAAUAAACCGGAUGCCCGGUGCUUGAUGAAGAGUUUUUCAGUGAAGGGCCCUUUUCUUGAGGAUCUUUCAAUCAGGGUUCCAGCCAAGAAACCAAGCCCAGCUGUUCUCUCCCCUGCAGAAAGCUUAGUUGAUGAACCACAUGACUUGGGUGUUUUAUCUUCCCCCGUUUCAAUUCCUCGUGCAUCACAAAAUACAGAAACAUCCCUCCUUCCCCCAGACUCGGAGGAGAAAGAAUGUGUUUGGGAUGCUUCUUUGCCCCCAAGUGGGAAUGUAAGUCCACACAGUAGCAUUGAUAGCAGUGGAGUUGUCACAGCUAUGAGCGUGGUUAAUAGUUGUGGUAGCGCAUAUCGAAGUGAUGGAAUGGUUAGUAUUGAGAGAAACUGUGAAAGUACAAAAGGAAGCAUUAGAGGGGACUCUCUUGAGAGUGCAAAAACAAGUAUUAGUCGUGCUAGUGAUAGCAGUGGUCUUAGCGAUGAUAGUAGUUGGAGUAACAUUACAGGAAGUGCUAAUAAACCCCACAAAGGAAACGAUCCUAGAUGGAAAGCCAUUCUUGCUAUUCGAGCUAGAGAUGGAAUAUUAGGCAUGAGCCAUUUUAAGCUUCUGAAAAGACUUGGAUGUGGUGAUAUUGGUAGUGUUUAUCUGUCAGAGCUAAGUGGGACUCGUUGUCAUUUUGCAAUGAAAGUAAUGGACAAGGCAUCGCUUGCUAUCAGGAAGAAGUUAACGAGAGCUCAGACAGAAAGGGAGAUCUUACAAUUACUUGACCAUCCAUUUCUGCCGACUUUGUACACCCACUUCGAGACUGACAGGUUUUGCUGUCUAGUAAUGGAGUAUUGUCCAGGAGGAGACCUGCACACUUUGAGGCAACGACAGCCAGGGAAACACUUCUCUGAGUAUGCUGCAAGGUUUUAUGCAGCAGAGGUUCUACUGGCACUCGAAUAUCUACACAUGCUUGGUGUUGUCUAUAGGGACUUGAAACCAGAGAAUGUCCUGGUUCGUGAUGAUGGCCACAUAAUGCUCUCAGAUUUCGACCUUUCACUAAGAUGUGCAGUGUCACCCACCCUGAUACGAACCUCAUACGAUUCCGAUCCAUCUAAACGAGGAUUUUGUGUCCAGCCUGCCUGUAUUGAACCCUCAUCAGUUUGCAUCCAACCUUCAUGCUUUCUUCCUCGACUCUUCCCUCAGAAAAGCAAAAAGAAAAGUCCCAAGCCUCGAGGUGAGCUGGGGUUGCAAUCUAGUGCUCUUCCCGAGCUGGUAGCAGAGCCUACUGCUGCCCGAUCCAUGUCUUUUGUUGGCACCCACGAGUACCUAGCCCCUGAAAUCAUUAAAGGAGAGGGUCAUGGAAGUGCUGUUGAUUGGUGGACUUUUGGCAUUUUCUUGCAUGAACUCUUGUAUGGAAAAACCCCAUUCAAGGGAUCAGGGAACAGAGCCACACUAUUCAAUGUAGUAGGGCAGCAGCUGAAGUUCCCAGAGUCUCCAGCAACUAGUUAUGCUAGCCGAGACCUUAUAAGAGGUUUACUCGUGAAGGAGCCACAGCAUCGACUUGGGGUCAAGAGGGGUGCAACUGAGAUCAAGCAACAUCCUUUCUUUGAAGGUGUGAAUUGGGCUUUGAUUCGAUGCAGCACGCCCCCAGAAGUGCCUAGACCAAUGGAGGCCGAACUGCCUAAGUUUGGGGUAGCUGACACAACAGGGGUUGGCGGAGGCGGCGGCGGCAUCGGCGUCGGCAGCGGCAGUAAGAGGAGGGUAGGUACAGAUGUUGUGAAGUCCGGUGGUCAAUAUCUUGACUUCGAGUUCUUUUAAAUCUCGGAUAAGCAGGAUGGUUUGGUGGCGUCUAAAAGUAAUUGGCCACAAGAUGGUCUGUGUUGUUCGUUCUUCCAAUAUUGAAUCCGCCUCAUAGUUAGAUAGAUAUUCCACUCCUAGAAUUGGUACGUUUGAUAAAUUGAGUUUCUGAAAGAAUCCACGUAUUGCACGCUAUCUGAUAUGAACAAGUCUGAACCAUGAUGCUAUUCUCAUCAGAUCUUCCCUUUGGUACACUGCAGUAAAUUGCAAUUCAUGA